AUGUCGACUUGGGCCUCCUUGCCCUUCCGGGUCCGGAAUUCGGGUUCUGCCCCUGAGGGUUCCUCCAUUGCCCUUAGCCUAGCAGUAGCCGCAGGCCUUGCAAUCCUCGUCCGGACAACGCGGAACCUACUCCAAAGCAACCCAGAUCCAGACCGUAAAUACAACCUUCCCCCAAACGUCAUCCCCUCGCCGCGCUUAACUCAGCUCCCCUCUUUAACUCCCACUGAGGUCGCCACCCUCCCCUACCCACCCGACGUGCUCCCUGGCGCACGCGACGUGCCAACACCUUAUGGCACGAUUCAUGUAUUCGAGUGGGGUCCUGUUGAUGGGGAGAAGGUUCUCCUCCUACAUGGCAUAAGCACGCCCUGCCUGGCGCUGGGCUCCGUGGCCGAGGAACUCGUUCGUCGAGGGUACCGCGUGAUGCUGUUUGACUGGUUUGGCCGAGGAUGGUCAGACGCACCGGUGCCAGGGCUGGGCCUAGGGGGAACAGAGUUUGAUGUCCGGUUGUACAUGACACAAAUCUUGUUGGUGCUCGCAUCAAGUCCCCUUCCGUGGACGGGGAAUGAUGGGUUCCACUUAGUCGGGUAUUCAUUGGGAGGAGGAGUUGGGGCGGCGUUUGCAAGAUGGUAUCCGAGAAUGGUUAAGAGCUUGGUGGUCGUGGCUGGUGGAGGGCUGAUCAGGAAGGACCAUGUCAGCUGGAGCAGCAGGAUACUGUAUUCGGCAGGAUGGUUGCCGGAAGCCUUUGUGCGCUGCAAGCAGAAAAAUGAGAAGCACAAGAACAGCGACGUGAACGGCGGCCAUGGAUGGGACGAUUCUGUGUUACUGGCAAGCAGGCCUGGAUAUACCGUUUCAUCGGUCAUGCGGUGGCAGCUGCGGCAUCAUGAAGGUUUCAUCCCCGCAUUUAUCAGCAGCAUCCGCUACGCCCCAAUUUACGAGCAGACCAAUGAUUGGUGUGAGCUGGGACGACUGCUGGCGGAGAGGAGGGAGAAGAAACAAAGGGCUGUUGCUGUACUGGAGGGUAGUAAAUGGGAGGACGUUGGGAUGGAGGAAGAACAGGAGUUGCCUGGCUUGAGGGCCGGCAAGAUCCUGUUUGUGUUGGGCGCGGAUGACCCGGUCAUUGUUAAGGAAGAAGUACUGCAUGAUGCUACUGCGGUACUGGGUGAGGACGGGUUUGAUGCGGUCAUCUUGAACUGUGGUCACGAGCUUGUAAUGAGCAAUGGAGCUCAGGUUGCCGCUGUCAUGGAUGGCUUUUGGAAGAGGAUGUGA